GUAUUUCAUUAUCCCACACAGUCUAGUAUAAUCAGUUCGUCAACACCUGUUCGUCCCCAUUGCUCAGUCAGAACUGCGUCCAACAUGUCCACCAUGGAAAGAUUCUGUCUUUUGUUACUGUGGCUUCCGUUGAUGCUGCCCUCUGCCAUGUCCCAGUGCCCCCCGAGUGCCAACAUAGAGCCUUGCUCAUGCUACACUAGCAGCAUGUUGGGUCUAGUGCUCAAUUGCUACGAAAUCAACACAGAAGAGGAACUGAGGUCAAUUCUCCAUGACCCAAGCUUCCCAGUCACCAGUUUCGGCGAAAUAAAGAUCACACACUGCGGAAUGGAGUCCCUAGGAGCCGAUUUGUUUGGCCAGCUUAGUGCCGAUCGAGUCUAUCUGGAGAGCUUUCCUAACCUCAAGUCUCUAGACCCAGAGUUGUUGGCAGGCCCCAUGAGCGACCAUGUUCGAGUUAUUCAUAUUUCGAAGAAUCCGCUGCUGGAAGUGGCUGACCUUCGUCUGUUUGAGAACGUGAAGAGGACCGACCUCAUGGUCACUAUGAUAGAGAAUAAUAUCAAGACAGUCACUCCCCCUUCUAAGCCGAGUAACAUCUACUCGCUUAACCUGGGGCGCAACGCCAUUGCCAGUGUGACUGGGGACAUGCUAAGGAAUCUACUGGGAGUGAAGUACCUUUAUUUCUAUGAGAACGGUUUAACCAGUAUUGAACACGGUGCCCUAACUGCCUUGGACUCCCUUGCGGAUCUCCAACUCCACCAAAACGCUUUGGGCCCCGUUCUGCCUGCGGGCGCCGUCGCCGUGUCCGCUUCCCUCACUUCGAUGACGCUGGACAACAACGGCAUCUCGGAGAUUAUGCCCGAGGCGAUCACAGGCUUUUCUCCUAGCGCCUACCUCAGUCUCUGGUCGAAUAACCUUAAGAGCUUCCCCGAGGAGACUUUUCGCCCUAUGCUGGAGCGCCUGGCCGAAGGAGGGGGACGUCUGGAUGUGUAUGGUAAUUUCGAGCUACCGUGCGACUGCUCCAUCGUGUGGCUCUUCCUCACGCCGGGGGUCCUGGACGCUGUUGACCGGUACUACUGCGAGGACUUCGUGCCCAUCGCGGACAUCGACUCGGGGGCGCUGAUCCAGUCCUGUUCGCUCGAGCGCCGUUAGCCCAAGAUUUCCUCGCACAUAGCCACGGGAUCGGUUUGCUUGGCGUCAGAAUAAAGGGUUACUCUUA